CCUCUCACACGGGCCGGAAUAGGCGGCUUGUAAAGUUACGGCUCAGUUUCAUGUCAAACCGAGAAAACAGAAAACAGGUUUUCACUACGGAGUGAAGUUACCUUUUUAAUAAGAACAAAGCGAAGGAAAGGAAGAAAAAAGACAAUUUGGAUUAACUAAACAACCUGCUGUUUUUAAAUGGACUGUCUCGGAAUAAAACGAUCGAUUUUGUAAUGAGAAAGAUCCAAACUUUUUAUCAUCGAUGAGAUGGACAUUUUUAUUUAAAACGUCGCCGGUUUGGAUAAUCUGAGUGAGGAUGACUGCCCUGAUGAAGAGGAAGCUGCAGCAGGUGUUGUGCGUCCUGCUGCCGUGUGCUCUCACACUCUGCAGCGCGCAGACAGAAGGAGUGAAGGUUUGUUCUGGCACCCAAAAUGGUCUGAGCACGACGGGAAAUUCAGAGAUCCAGUACAAGCUGAUGAAGGAUAUUUACAACGGCUGUGAGAUAGUGAUGGGCAACCUGGAGAUUACCAUGAUGGAGCACACCAGAAACGUCUCCUUCCUGCAGUCUAUCAGGGAAGUGACGGGCUACAUCCUGUUCGCGGUCAAUGAGUUCAGCCGCGUGCCUCUGAACCAGCUGCGGGUCAUCAGAGGCAACACGCUGUACGAGGGGAAAUACGCCUUGGCUGUGAUGGUGAACUACCAGAAGGAUGGGCAGCACGGCCUGCAGGAGCUGGGCCUGACUCACCUCACAGAGAUACUGGAGGGAGGAGUCAAAAUCAUCCAGAACAAGUACCUGAGCUACGUCAAGCAGGUCAACUGGCUAGACAUCGUGAAGGAUGCAAAAGCUGAGAUUAUGAUCAAGGACAACGGGCCUAAAAAGCCUUGCAACGCGGCAUGUGGAGACCUUCCAUGUUGGGAUGCAAGAAAUGACACAUGCCAGAUCUUGACCAAGACCGUGUGUGCGCCUCAGUGUAACGGCCGAUGCUUUGGUAUUAACCCGAGCGAAUGCUGUCACAUCGAGUGUGCGGGAGGCUGCACAGGAUCUCUGGAUACAGAGUGCUUUGCCUGCAGGAACUUCAACAACUCGGGUGCCUGCGUGCCUCUCUGUCCGCAGACCCUCAUCUACAACAAGCACACAUUCAAACUGGAGCCCAACCCCAAUGCCAAGUACCAGUACGGCUCCAUCUGCGUGGCCCAGUGCCCCCUUAACUUCGUGGUGGAUGAAAGCUCAUGUGUGAGCAGUUGCCCUUCUGAUAAAAUGGAGGUGGAGAAAAACGGAUUUAAAAGAUGUGAAUCCUGCGGAGGCCUCUGUCCAAAAGCUUGCAUUGGCACUGGCAAAGAAAAGAUGCAGACGGUAGAUGCUCAGAACAUCGACAGCUUCAUAAACUGCACCAAGAUCCAGGGCAGCCUUCACUUCCUGGUGACUGGGAUCGAAGGUGAUGCAUAUAACGAUGUACCAGCCCUCGAUCCAGAGAAACUGAAGAUCUUCAACACUGUGAGGGAGAUCACAGACAUCCUCAGUAUCCAGUCGUGGCCUGAAAGCAUGUCUGACCUGUCUGUCUUCUCCAACCUACAAUCCAUUCAGGGCAGAAAUCUUUUCAAAGGAGUGAGCAAAAGGGGCUACUCUCUCCUGGUGAUGAAGAUCGGCUCUUUGACCUCCCUGGGGUUACGUUCGCUGCAAAUAAUAAACGACGGCGGCGUCUACAUCACAGGAAACACGCAGCUCUGCUAUCACCACACCGUUAACUGGACGCGUAUCUUGAACAGCGGCUCUCGCCAACGGAAUAAACAAAUCGACAUCAAGGAGAACAGACUGAGAAAUCAGUGUGUGAGUGAGGGCCAUGUGUGCGACCCCCUGUGCUCCUCUGAUGGCUGCUGGGCCCCGGGGCCAAACCAGUGUCUGUCCUGCAAGAAGUACAGCCGGGGAGGAACGUGCGUGCCAGAUUGCAUGUUCCUGACUGGAGAGAGGAGGGAGUUUGCCUCUCAGUCAGGAGAGUGUAUGCCCUGCCACCCUGAGUGUAAGGUCCAGGAGGGGAAGCAGACCUGCGUUGGCCCGGGCGCAGAUCAGUGUGUAGCGUGUGCCCGCUUGCAGGACGGCCCGCACUGCGUGUCUUCGUGUCCCGAGGGCGUGAUGGGAGGAGAGGAAGUCAUCUUCAAAUAUGCCAACAAGAAAGGCAGCUGUGAAUCGUGCCACAAAAACUGCACCCUAGGGUGCUACGGCCCAGGAAUUGGAGAAUGUCUCGGGACAGAGCGCUUUAUUUCUGGACAAUCGACCACAGCCAUCGUACUGGGAGUGAUUGCCCUGCUCUUCGCUUCAUUCUCGAUUUUCGUGCUGACCGUUUUGUACCGCAGAGGUCUCGCCAUCCGUCGUAAGCGAGCCAUGAGGAGAUACAUGGAGAGUGGACAGAGUUUUGAGCCUUUGGAUCCGGGAGAGAAAGGAGCUCGGGUCCACUCUCGGAUCCUGAAGCCGACCGAGCUGAAAAAGAUCAAGCUGCUGGGUAACGGAGUGUUUGGAGCCGUCCAUAAGGGCAUUUGGAUCCCUGAAGGUGAUACAGUGAAGCUUCCUGUGGCCAUCAAGACGAUUAACGACCGCACCGGACGACAGACUUUCUAUGAGCUGACAGACCACAUGAUGACCAUUGGGAGCAUUGACCACAUUAACGUGGUCAGGACUCUGGGGAUCUGUCCCGGGGCCAGCCUGCAGCUCGUCACGCCGCUCAGCGCUCAGGGCUCGCUGCUGGAGCACGUCAGGAACAGCAAGAACAAACUGAGCCCACAGAGGCUGCUCAACUGGUGUGUUCAAAUCGCAAAGGGUAUGUAUUACCUGGAGGAAAACAGGAUGGUGCACAGGAACCUGGCCGCCAGAAAUGUUCUCCUGAAGAAUAAUUACACCGCCCAGAUCUCAGAUUACGGCGUUGCAGACCUGCUUUACCCCGAUGACAAGAAGUACUUUUUCAAUGAGGUCAAGACUCCAAUCAAAUGGAUGUCUUUAGAGAGCAUCUUGUUCCGCAGAUACACACAUCAGAGCGAUGUCUGGAGCUACGGUGUGACAGUUUGGGAGAUGAUGUCCAAUGGUGUAGAGCCGUACACUACGAUGCGUCCUCAGGAUGUUCCUGAUCUGCUGGAGAAGGGCGAGCGUCUGUCCCAGCCUCAAAUUUGCACCAUUGAUGUCUACAUGGUCAUGGUCAAGUGUUGGAUGAUUGAUGAGAAUGUCCGUCCAACAUUUAAAGAGCUGGCAAAUGAAUUUACGAGAAUGGCAAGAGAUCCGCCUCGCUACCUGGUGAUCAAAGAGGACUGCACCCUGCAGGACCCGCCCCCGGAUGAAAUCGCCCAGCGAAGCGCAGACCUGGACGACCUGGAUGAUCUGGGCAUUGAGCUGGUGGAGGAGGAGGAGGAGGAGGAGGUGGAUGGUUUGACUCCGGCCACCCACUCCCUUUCUCAGUCUAGGAGCCUCAGUCGCCUCUCAAGGAUGGACACUCACAGAGUGAUUAUUACAUCAUCAAACAUGGCUGGAUACCUGCCUAUGACUCCAGGAUUUGACAACCCAGGACAGGCCAUGUGGCAGUCGCGCUCUCGACUAAACUCAGCCCGCACUGUGUCUGAGAGCUCGGAGGGCUGCGGCCCGACAGUGGAGCUGGAGAUUAAUGAAGACUUUUCUAUGACCGGGAGCCUGAAGAGACGACGUCAGCGUGAGGACAGCGCCUACGUCUCACAGAGGGACAGCUUUUCCGCCGGGCCUCCAGAGACACCAUCACCAGAGAUGGACGAAGAGGACCAGAACGGAUAUGUGCUUCCUGGAGACAGCCCAGGCAGAGAUACAUUACUUUCCUCGUCUCGAGCUGCUCCUGGCAGGAUGAGCAAGUCUCAUUCAGCGAGCCUCCUGGACGACCCAGAUGAAGAAGACUAUGAGUAUAUGAACAAGCGGACGUGUCUAACAGCUCCUUCACCCAGGCACAGCAGCCAUUUACUAAAGCCCAACAAGAAGCGCACCUCCUCCGUGUCGUCACAAGCGACAGCGUGCUCAGCUGACACCACAUCCUCAGUGGAGGUCAGGGGGGCUCACACAAGAAGCAAUUACGACUCUGAUUCAGAGCUGCAGGGAUCUGAUGAUGUAGAAUAUGAAUACAUGGACAUCAGGGGUAGUGAAAAAGAUGCAAGCCCUCCAACGCCUGAGCCUCCUCCUCUUCCUCCUCCACCUCCUCCUCCUCCUGCACCAGCAAGUAUGGUCAGAGAGGUGGAGGGUGAGGCGGGGGAAAAGGAGGAUGAAUAUGUGGAGGACAGUAACUAUCAUUACACAAACAGACAGCCGAAGCUGCGUCAAGCUCUUCAGGACAGGAAGGAGCUGAAUGUAGAGGGAAGGGAUGAGGCGUAUGAGUAUGAAGACAUGGACUCCUUUGCUGCCCUGCUGUCUGGAGACGCUGUGGUGUACCACAACCUGCAGAGGGAGGGGGAGGGAGCAGUAGGGGGCACAGAGGCACAUAGAUCGGGGUUUGAACCCAAUGUCAAGGUGCGAGCUGGAGUCGGGGUCGGGGAAACAGCAGCCGCCGACAGAUCUUUUGACAAUCCUGACUACUGGCACAGCAGGCUGUUUCUGAAGUCCAAAUCAGUGCCUACAUGAAGAACGUUUUUAAUCUCAUGAACUUCACUUUGAGAUAUUUUCAUGAAGGACCCAACAUACAAUCAAAAGCCAUUAUCAAUGUAGCCUAUGACACAUUUUCAAAAACCCAACAUGUAUGACUUUUUCACAGCUUGUAUUUUUUUCUCAGACCAAUGUUUUAGGGCAUUUUCCAAAACUAAUAGCACUGAGUGUUGAAAACUUUACAGGAACAGAUUACAAGCUAUUUUUUUCUGUUUACAUUUUUAAACGAACAAAGAUUUUUCUGGAGAACAAAUGUGUUUGUUUGGAGUUUGGACUUUUUUGUUUCGAGACCUCUUUUAAUGAUGAUAUAUGCAAUGCAUUUUCUACUCAUUAAACAUAUUUUGAAUAACUAUUAUGAUGCACAAA